AUGAGUAGUGAUCUCUUUGCUCGUUGUAGUGAGAGGGAAGAAAUUAAGAAUCAUGAGAAGCUGAGUAGUUUCGUUUCAAAUGACAGAAUCAGUGAUCUCCCGGAUGAUGUGUUGCAUCUCAUACUCUCAUUCUUGCCUUCCAAAGCCAUUGGUCGAACAAGUGUCUUAUCUCGAAGAUGGAGUCGUGUAUGGUCUUCCUAUCCCAUCCUUGACUUCUCUGAACUUCUUAGUGGCAAUGAAGCUGUUCAUACUCAGAUGAGAGAAAGGAUCAUCAACACAGUGCUGGAAUGCCUCGUCCGAAGCAAUAAUAUUGUGUUCGAUCGAUGCCACAAAGUUUCCUUAACAAGAGGCAGCCUAGAUUGCUUUCAAAGAGUUAGGGGUGAUCCAGACAACUCUUGUUUGGUUAGGGUUGAGGAACUUGUACUCGAUGUCUCGUUCAGUAGUCGUGCAAAUAAAUUUAGAUUGCCUCGAUGUAGAUUUAAGUGCCACUCAAUAAGGAGUAAUAGUAGAGUGAGCUCAAAGGCAUGGCUAGGGUUUCCCUCUACAUAUGUUGUUUCGUCGUAUCUCCUUUCGCUCCAAAAUUUGAUUCUAAGAAUGGUGGAUUUCUCAGGUGUGGAUUUAUUUUCUGUUUCUUCAUUCCCUUUUCUCGAGAAAUUGGAACUAUACUGGUGUGGAGGAAUGAUGACCACUCUGAAAAUUUGUUGUCCAAACCUAAAGGACGUACGAAUUUGGAGUAUGAAAUUGGAGCUAUAUAGCGUGCAGAUCUCUGGAAUGAGACUAGAGACAUUGUUUUUUAAUGGAAAUCGCAUCCGUGGGUGUGUCGACAUUUCUGCUCCGAAUCUACAGUCUUUGAGUUGGGGGAAUAAUGACAUUACUAAUGAGUGUUCCAUUCACAGCUUUCCUACGCCCAAAAGAUGUCGCCUGAUCGGCUCAACAAGAUUUAAAGCGACUUACAAAACUUUUGCGAUGGCCUCAUCCCAAGCUGAAAUCCUUGAACUAUCCCAUCACUACCUCGAGCUUCAUGAAUUUGGUGGCUUACCUUUCUCAUUCGGCAAACUUAAAACCUUGAGAAUUUACUACUCAAUAGGGCAAAGACAUCUUCGUGGUCUAGCAUGCCUGUUGAAGAGCUCUCCCUUAGUCCACACCCUCAAGAUUUGGUUUGAUCGGGAUAAAGAGGAUAAGUGGAAACAAGAUUGUUUCCAGCAAUUGACCCCCUAUCUUAUUUCCCUCAAGGUAGUCGACAUUGAUCUUGGUUUUAUCAUAUCUGAGAAUGCAAUCACUUUCGCAAAGGUUUUGCUGAAAUAUGGAACAGGCCUUCAAAACAUUAUUCUUCACUCUCCUCUCCCACCCAAUGCCUUAGAUGAUACCAUUGUUUUAUUAAAUGGUUUUCCCAGGGCAUCUGCAAAUGUCAAACUCUCAACGUGUUGA